CUCCACUGUCUGUACUAUACCUGCAUCUCCUCACCCUCUUUUUCAAUCAAAGAUUAUCUUCUCAUUUAAUCCUCAUAAACUAACAUUUGCUAUACAAUUCAUCCAUCAUGCCGCCUAGUGCCAGUCUCAUAACAAAGCUCAAAGUCCAGCUCAAGCUGACCAUUGCGCGCCUGCGCAUGGUGCAGCAGCGCGACGAGCAGCUCGGAAAGACCGCGCGGAGAGCCAUGGCCCAGCUCCUCGAGGCUGGCAAGGAGGACUCAGCCCGCAUCCGUGUUGAGAACAUCAUCCGAUCCGACAUCACCUCCGAGCUUCACGAAAUCCUCGAACUUUACUGCGAACUCCUCCUUGCGCGUUCUGGACUGCUAGAGGCCCAUACUGUUGACCCCGGACUGGAGGAGGCGAUUCAGAGUCUGAUUUACGCUGCGCCCAAAACGGAGAUCAAAGAGCUCGGAACUGUUAGGACGCUUUUGGCGGAGAAGUAUGGAAAGGAGUAUGUUCUUGCGGCGACGGAGAACUCGGAUAAAAAGGUCAAUGAAAAGGUUGUCAAGAAGCUCGGCGUCACGCCUCCCAGGGAAGAGCUUGUCGUUGGCUAUCUAGAGGAAAUCGCCAGAGCUUACGGCGUCGACUGGCCCAAACGAGAGGCUGUUUCACCACCCCCGGAGUUACUCGAUGAAGACGAAGAAGCCGAUGACGACGACGAUGAACCAUCUGGUGGACAGAAACAAAGAGCCGUACCCAUCGCCGCAGACUCCAAGGAUUCAAUCUUGAACACGCCCGUCAAGAAAUUAGCCGGCGGAGGUCCCACGAGUCCAUUGACAGUGACACCACCGAGGAUGACAACUGAUAACAUACAUCCCAAGGUGACGCUUGGAUCCGUGGAAUUGAAACCUAGCAAGAAGAUGGAGGCUGCGGCGCGAAAGGGUGAGCCUGAUGGGUCGAUUCCUGACCUUGGGGACCUGGAGAGAAGGUUUGCGGCUUUGAAGAAGAGGUGAUUGUUUGGUUGAGCUUCAGUUGAUAUAUGGAUAUUGCGUGAUAUGUGGAGUUUUAAGGUGUUUAUCAAUUCGUUAUGUUGAGCUUGUGGUAGAAAUUGAUGUGGAUUUAGACGUCGACGAGCUUGAUCUGGAAGUGUGUAACAAUUAAACAUGGCGAAUCAAGAACCAUGUUUGUUAGCGAUCGGUUAGUAGAGCUUAACAGAAGCACCAAUUGAUCAA